UUAGCUGAGAUUUCAUUGGACAGCGAAGUAGGUCACAGAGAGGCACACAUUUCCCGCCAUAUAAGACUUUCAUACUUAACGUCAAUAAUGUGGAAUAACCAAGGUGGUUUCAGUAACUAUGAUCAGGCUGGAGGGUUUGAUUCUCCUGGAGGCUUCAGCUCCCCACAACAGUCCUCACAGCAGUCCAGGGCUCGUACUAGAACCCAAAACAUUGUUCCAGUGACAGUAGCUAUGGUCCACCAGUGUCAACACGCAGAUGAAAAAUUCUUCAUUGAUGGCAUAGAAAUAGCACAGGAAGCUAAUUCAGAAGAGGCAGAGAGGAUACGAUCUGUACGAGAAAAUACCUAUGUGAGGUUAUUCGGUCAUAUCCGUGCUUUCCAAGGCAAGAAAAAUGUGGUUGCUUUCAGGAUCCAACCAGUAACGGAUAUGAAUGAGUUAACGACACACAUUCUGGAGGUCAUGCAAGCCCACAUGGCAUCCAAAAUGCACAUGGAAGCAGGUGAUGCUCCUGCUAAGACUGUGGCAGCUGAUAACACAUACUCUGGGGCCCAGGGCAGCAUUCCAGCCAAUGGACUCACACCAAUACAAGCACAGGUAGCACAGACAAUAAGUGACUGUCGAGACGAGCAAGGUGUGAGUGUUUAUGAAAUAGCAAAACAACUGGAAGGUCUGACGGAGAAAGCCAUCAGGAGUGCCAUCGAAUUUCUAAGCAGUGAAGGGCACAUCUAUUCCACAAUUGAUGACGACCACUACAAAGCAACAGAUUCCUAAGGAAAUGUAAUUGGGAUUCUUUUUACAUGAACUAAUUGUUGAAGAGCAGAACAAUCACCUAAGGGUGUUGGAAAUUAAUUCCUUGCCUUUCUUUCAAGUAAAAGGUUAAAACACCAUCUGUGCAGCACUCUGCAAGUGCUUGUCACUUGUCAAACCACUACCCUUUACCUGGAUCACAAAGAGAAAGGAUUUUAGUAGAUCUUCACACAUAUAUUCUCUGGAUGUUUCUCCACAUGUUUAUGUACCAUAUACUGAGAAUUUUUUUGGGGAAAAAAUAUGGUUCUCCAGCUGGCCCCUGGUGGCAAGCAUUACACUGCUGGUCUUCUUUGAUUACACUGUAAGAAAGUC